AUGUCGCUGGAUGAAGAAGCCCUUGAGGCAGUCGCCAAUGGCGGCUCGGUCGACCUAGAGAAGUGGGCAGGAAUAGUCGCACCACUUCUGGAAAGGCUGGAAUACAAUGUCUAUAAUGUUUUCCCUAUGCCGAAGGUGCCACCAAGCUCCUACAACCCGCAGCCGUUCCCCCCACCCUCAGAACCCAACGCAAUACCAGAGAGCAGCAAUAAGGAGAACACUGCUCCGGAAGACACCCUAGCAUCUCACCAGCCACAGGCGACAUCUGGUUCGCCACCAUCGAGCGAGCGUAUGCCAGAUUCCCAGCCCCAGCCUCCCUCUCCACAGCCAAAUGACGUGCUACCACCGCCGCUCGCGCUUCUCCUAAGGUCUAUACGCUCGUCCAUUCAGUCAUUCUUCGUGGCCAAGCCGCCGCACACGAUCCAGAGACUUGCAGAGCUUAUUUUGCGGCCCAGAGCCCAUUACAACACACUACCUGCGUAUCUACGAGCUGUGGACCGUGUCGUUUCCGUGACCAGUGGCGCCGAUGUCUUCCCUUUCAGUGUUGCACCUAGCAUCAGCACUCAGCCCAACGGGCUCGUCCACCAAACCAAUAGCGCCGGAGCCUAUCUGGCACCGGACUACACUUCUGGUCUGGGAAGUGAUGAGUCACUAGGAGGAGCUCUUCUUACGCCCAUCCCUUGGUUGACCAAUGUUUCUUUUGAUGGCGGUGAUGGUGGUAUAUUGGAAGAACAAGAAACUACUGCCACCCAGCCACAAGAGCUCGAACUCGCGACUACAGUGACAGCUGAAGGCGAAGAAGAGCCCAAGGUUGCUUCCGAACCUUCCCCAGCAGACACUUUAGAGGAAGUUCCUCAUGCCCGGGGUCCCCCGAUCGUUGGUGUAGAGGAUUUGGGACUACAAGAUGGAAAGGGCGUGGAGAUGACUCUAGGUGAGCGAGUUGGAUCAGAUGGCACGUCAGAUCUACCUACUGCAGAGUCCGACCCCACAGAGGGGGGAGCAGGGCCUGCCGAUAAAGAUGGUGAUAUCGUACUUGAUGAUACUACCCCCAAGGAGGAAAUCAAGGCAGAGAAUACGACAGCUGCAGCGCCUCAGACAGGCGAUGAGACUGCUAAGGCAGCGGGUGACUCUGCGCCAGCUGCACAGACUGAGAAGGCAGAGUAA